CACAAAUGAUGAUGGAAUUAAAUGGGGAACGCAAACGAUAUAAAUCACGACAGAUCGAAACUAAAAGUGGUAUUGUUGAAGGGAAGGAAUUACGUUGCAGCAAAGGUCCAAUUGAUGUGUUCCUUGGCAUACCAUAUGCAAAACCACCGAUCGGAGAACGUCGAUUUAAGAAGCCUGAAAAGAUUUGUCCAUGGAGUGGUAUUAUGAAAUGUAAACGAUAUCAAAGUCGAGCGCCUCAAAAAGAUUUUUUUUGGGAUCGAAUAGAUUUAGGUGUUGGGAAGAAUGAAGAUUGUCUUUAUUUGAAUAUUAUCACACCGAAAUGGAAACCACAACCUGAAUUUAAGAAUGGAUUUCCGGUAAUGUUUUACAUUCAUGGUGGUGGUUAUAUGAUCGAUUCGGCAGUAAAAUAUCAUUACUCGAAAAUUGCUAGACUUCUGGUAUGCAAGGAUGUGACUGUUGUAACAAUUCAGUAUCGCCUUGGCUUUCUUGGUUUUUUCACCAUCGGUAAUGAAAUUUGCCCAGGGAAUUUUGGUAUUUGGGAUCAGAUUAUGGCUUUAAAGUGGGUGAAAGAGAAUAUCAUAUAUUUUGGUGGUGAUCCCGAUCGCAUUACUAUUGUUGGCCAAAGUGCUGGUGCUGCAUCGGCUGAUCUCCUAGCUUUAUCACCUUAUAGUCGAGAUCUCUUCAAUCAAAUUAUAUUGUUAGGCGGUAAUGCUGAAUGUCCUUGGGCGGUAAUAGAUGUUAAAGUAGUAAGCGAUUAUUGUUAUCAACAUGCUAAAAAAUUAGGUACGGAUAAUGCAGAAAUGAUAAAAUAUCUCCGUAAACUACCAGCAUCAAAAUUUGCUGGUAGAUUAAUAGGUAAUAAAGAAUUAUUUACCACUGGUCGUUUACCAUUAACACCAGUGAUAGAUGGUGAUCUGUUACCGUGUUCCAUUUCGGAACUUCGAAAACAAUCACCCACAAAACCUUCGAUUGUUGGUCUUACCGAAGAUGAAGGACAACUUUUUGUAGCAAUCGGUCGAUUAUCAUGCGAUAUGAAAGAUAUUGAAAUGGGAAUUCGAGUAUUGGCGAACAGUAGUAAAAAGAGCGAAAUUGAUAUCACAGAAAUAGUCCGUCAAAUUUAUUUAAAUCGUGGCGAUAGCAAUAUUAACGGUCGACAAAAUAUUCAACGAGCCUUUAUUGACAUGCUUGGUGAUUUAACCAGUAAUUAUGGGACACGAUUAUACACGGAUAAAUUGGUUGAACGAGGUGAAACCGUUUAUAUGUAUUCGUUAGAACACUGUAAUCCGGCCUGCUAUGGUUUCUUUAAUUUUUAUCUUCCAUACAAAAGUUCGUUCCGGUUUUUAAAUUUCGUGGAUAAAUAA